CACCGACGCCCAUCAGUCCAUCACCGAUCGUCACAUAGAUGCACAAAACAAUAUUGAAAUCAAGCUGUAUGUUAUGUUCCCGCGUACCUGGAGUUGAAACACGAAACCGAUCGACAACGACACACAUAUAUAUGUAUUGCGAUACGCAACUGGAAUGCGCCAUUGGGCGGGCGAUCCAUCCAUCCAACAACACACUGCCGCUGUCGCCGCCGGCCGACCGCCGUGCUUGCUUCCAUUGCCAACAAGACAAAGAGAAGCUCCCUUGCCGGCCGGUCUCUCGUGCCUCCCUGGGCCACGCGCGUGAUGGGGUACUCCUGGGCCUGGCUUCCGGCCGCCGUGCUGCUGCUGGCCACGACCCACGCCAUGGCGGCGGCGUCCGGCAUUCAGACGACCGAGGCGGCGAGCGUCAUCCGUCCGCCGGCGGCCACCGCGCGCUACAGCCCAGGAGCCUUCAGGGAGGCGCCAGCGUUCCGCAACGGCGACGCCUGCGCGUCCCCCUCCUCCUCCUCCCGCGUGCACAUCGCCAUGACGCUGGACGCCACCUACCUGCGCGGCACCAUCGCCGCGGUCUUCUCCAUCCUGCGGCACGCGGCGUGCCCGGAAGACAUCACCUUCCACUUCCUGGCCGCCCACCACCGCGACGCCGACGCCGUGCGGCACACGUUCCCGUACCUGGACUACCGCGUGCACCGCUUCGACCCGGCCCGCGUCAGCGCGCGCAUCUCGCGGUCCGUGCGCACCGCGCUGGACCAGCCGCUCAACUACGCGCGCAUCUACCUCGCCGACAUGCUGCCCCGCUCCGUCGCCCGCGUCAUCUACCUCGACUCCGACCUCGUGGUCGUCGACGACAUCCAUAAACUCUGGUCCGUCGACCUCGGCCCUGACCGCGUCGUGGCGGCACCAGAGUACUGCCACACCAACUUCACCAAGUACUUCACCGACGCCUUCUGGUCGGACGCGAACCUCAGCGCCACAUUCCAACACCGCCGCCGCCGGCCCUGCUACUUCAACACGGGCGUCAUGGUCAUGGACGUCGCGCGGUGGCGCGCCGGAGGGUACUCCAGGCGGGUGGAGGAGUGGAUGGCCGUGCAGAAACAAGAAAAGAGGAUAUACAGCCUCGGCUCGCUACCGCCGUACCUGCUGGUGCUCGCCGGGGAGAUCAUGCCCGUGGACCACCGCUGGAACCAGCACGGCCUCGGCGGGGACAACGUCGAGGGGAGGUGCCGGAGCCUCCACCCGGGCCCCAUCAGCCUGCUGCACUGGAGCGGCAAGGGCAAACCGUGGCUCAGGCUCGACUCAAAAAAGCCAUGCGCCGUCGACCACCUCUGGGCGCCGUACGACCUCUACAACGCCGCCACCGCGCUCGAGGACUGAACUCAACCUCGCCGCCGCCGUGCGCGCUGAUCAGUGCGCCAACUGCCGUGAUCGAUUAAGACGAGAUCGAGCUCGCAUUGAUCGCGAUGAGGGGCAGGCAGGCAGAUCGAGGAGAAGGGAUCGAUGCUUCAGAGAAAAUCACGAAACACAUCGAUUGAUCGAUCGAUCGAUCAUCAGGGCAAGCUGGUUCAUGCGACUGCAUGUGCAAGCGCAACAAACACAUUAUUAGCUUCCAAGGCUCGAAGAAUUCGCACGUGGCGAACGGACUAUAGUGUUGUACAGUAUAUUUGUAAAUAAUAAAGAGGUUAGUUAGGAGGCGACAAUACAAAUACAGCUCUUUUUUUGUC